AUGCAGAGGGACGUGUCGAGCUGCAACACAUACAACUAUGGAGACGCACUCUACUGGGACGCGCGUUACGUGCAAGACGCGCUCUCUUUCGACUGGUACCAACGCUACUCUUCUCUCCGCCCUUUCGUCCGCAGCUUCGUCCCUACUUGCUCACGAGUCCUCAUGGUUGGCUGUGGCAAUUCCCUAAUGUCAGAGGAUAUGGUCAAGGACGGUUACGAGGACAUAAUGAAUGUUGAUAUCUCUUCGGUGGCUAUUGAGAUGAUGCAAACCAAAUAUGCGUCUGUUCCUCAGCUCAAAUACAUGCAAAUGGAUGUUAGAGAUAUGAGCUACUUUGCUGACGACUCCUUUGACACGGUCAUUGAUAAAGGAACUCUUGAUUCAUUAAUGUGUGGCUGUGAUGCUCCUCUAAGUGCUACGAGAAUGUUGGGUGAAGUUAGCAGGCUGAUUAAACCUGGAGGGACCUAUUUCUUGAUAACCUACGGUGAUCCGAAAGUGAGAAUGCCUUAUUUGACUCGUUCUGCAUACAACUGGAAGAUCUCUUUAUACAUCAUACCAAGACCAGGGUUUAAAAGGCCAGGAGGAAGUUGCAGCUCGUCAGAGAAAUCGUGUCUGGAAGCUAUACCUGUGACAAGUGAAGGAAUGUUGCCACACGAUUAUGUUCUGGAGGAUCCUGAUUCCCAUUUUAUUUACAUAUGCAAUAAGAUGGACGAAGAUGUAGCUCAACUACCCUCAUACCCAUUGAUGGAGGAUGUUUUGUAG